AAUUAGGCUUUCUUAGUCAACACAAUAUAUUACGACAGGUUCUCCUCCUGCUCCCGGCUUCUAUGACGGGCUUUCUAGUCAAUCAGGGAGAUGGGGGCGGGCAGAUGUCUGCAAAUCAGGAGCCAGAAGCAGGUUCCCGGACGGCGAUGAUCAGCGGAUCUUCUUCACACCUUGUUCUGUACGCCCACUACCGGAACCUUUUCCGCCCAUGUCUCCUCUCGCGAUAUCACCUCGAGACUUCACACUUUACGAGAGCUUUAAGGGAAUGGAUAUCCUUCCGCCACCUAUCUUAUCUCUUUUCUGAACAAUUAUCUACUGGGCAGGCGAAGCGGCUCGUUCGGCUCCAGGCAGCUCCUUCAUGGCACCGUCGCCCGCUUCCUUUCCUGCCGCGCUUUCUCUCUCUCCUAAGACACCUUCCUCCGAGUCUGCUGCCUCUCAGGAACGCAUGCGCGGUUCUUGUCGUUCGACUCUGUCUGGCGGAGGAAUCUCAUUACCUUACGAUGUUGUAGCGUAAGCGUCAUAAAGAACUCCGCGCGCGGUAAUGCGGUCCGAGCAGCUGCAGUGCUGAGCGACAGCGAGGAGAAGAGGAGCGCGAGGGAGUCAGCGCGCGGGGGGGGGCGCCGCCUUCGCCGCCAGGAGUGGGUGCAGUGCCGGUGAGAAGAGCGAAGAGGCAGGCGGGGAGGGGGAGAGGACGACAGAGCGGGAGGGAGGCGAGGAGGGAGGAAGGAAGGAAGGGAAGAAGAACGCUCGGCACCCUCGCCAGCUUCCGCCGAGUAGCCACCGCGCUUCCUCCGCGGCCGGAAAAUAAUCCUCCUCCUUCCUUUGCUCCUUCCUUCCUGCCUGCCUCCCCGCGCGCCGCCCUCAACAGGCUCCGCCGCCGCCGCCGCGAUGGCGCUGAAGAGAAUCCACAAGACAGCAGAUUGCUUCCCUCUUCCAGGCUGAGGCUUCAAGAAAAAUACACACUGGCUACUCUCGGGGUCAGACUAGGAGUUGAAUGAUCUGGCACGUGAUCCUCCAGCACAGUGUUCAGCAGGUCCUGUUGGAGAUGACAUGUUCCAUUGGCAAGCAACAAUAAUGGGACCAAAUGACAGUCCCUAUCAGGGUGGAGUGUUCUUCUUGACAAUUCACUUCCCAACAGAUUACCCCUUCAAACCACCUAAGGUUGCAUUUACAACAAGAAUUUACCAUCCAAAUAUUAACAGUAACGGCAGUAUUUGUCUUGAUAUUCUACGGUCACAGUGGUCUCCAGCAUUAACUAUUUCAAAAGUACUUUUGUCCAUCUGUUCUCUGUUGUGUGAUCCCAAUCCAGAUGAUCCCUUAGUGCCUGAGAUUGCGCGGAUCUACAAAACAGAUAGAGAAAAGUACAACAGAAUAGCUCGAGAAUGGACUCAGAAGUAUGCGAUGUAAUUAAAGAAAUUAUUGGAUAACCUCUACAAAUAAAGAUAGGGGAACUCUGAAAGAGAGUCCUUUUGAUUUCCAUUUGACUGCUUUCUAUGAGCCCACGCCUCAUCUUCCCCUGUGCACAUGUUUACCUGAUACAGCAGUGCUGCGUGUUGUACAUACUUGGAACAACGAAAUACUGUAUUCCAUACCAACAUUGACUCCUAGCAAAGAAAUGUGUGUGAAAAGCCAGUUCUUCAGUCAAAGCCUAGUUGUGAGCAUAAAAGCAUUUCCAAGAUAUUUAAAUUGGUUAAAUAAAACCAAAGGUGGGGGGAGGGGGCAAAGAGGAGAAGGUUUCAUGUGCUUCUGGGGACUUUCAGUGACUUGAAAGAAAACCUUUUUAAUUAAAAAAAAAAAAGUGGAAUCCUUUUAAUCUCAUAACUUAUGAAAAACUGAUGUGAAGAACUUGAAGCUGUUUUUGUAUUUUAUUCUGAAGGACCUACUUAUGACCAACAAGAUCAAACUGUACCCGCAUCCUUUCGUUAAAGGUCUAAGUUAAACUGGUCAGCAUUUAAAUGCAUUGGAGCUAUUAGUGCAUCAAGUGAUGUUAAUUUUGUUUCCACUCCCCCCCCCCUUCAUAAUUUUGGUUUGUAUGUGUUUUCUCAGUUAACAUAGCUAAUAGCUCUUAUUUUCUUAAGUUUUUAACUGCUUAGGUCUUUCUGGAUGUAAGGGUAAAAAUUCAUUUGACAAACUUGUGUAUAUUUAAAACCCAACUGCUCCCUUGGAGCAUGUACGUUCAAGAAUGAAUAAUCUGUGUAAUAAACUGAUUACUACAGUCAUUACAGAUAA